CCCGUGCGAGGCCUCUCUCUGCUCCUAAACCGCCAUCCGCCUUCGUUGCUCCACCGUCGUGCCCUUCCAUUCUUUCGGGGGAUGGACUGCACACACCAUGGCGACGCAGACGCAGGUGUUGAUCGCCCACACGGGCCAGCGCCUGCAGGUCGAUAUAUCUCAGUUCUCCUCUCUCGACGAUUUUAGGGGCUGGGUGGCUCGGCAGAGCGCCAUACCUGUGCAAAAUAUCGUCGCCCUCACGUCCCAAGGGAAGACGGUAAAGAUCCAGACGAUACAGUUAGAGAAGUUUACAUUUACGAUAUUCGAAUAACUCAAGCCUCUUCACCCGGAGCUUCGAACAGUCUCAUCUCCGAGAUCGCCUUCCCUAAACGAUAUGCCGUAUCCGCCGCCCCGAAUUCGA